AUGACCAACGACGAAGAGCGCGGCAUCAAUGGCGCUCCACGCGAAGAGUCGAACGAGGAGACGCCGCUCAUCACGCGCGGAGCUAGUAGCUUGGGCAACAUGGCGAGCGGCAGAGUCCGGAAGAACUCGAACGGACAGCCGCUGCACGAAGACGAGCGCGCGUGGGUGCGGUAUCCGUCCAACUUCUUGCGCCUGACCUGGGCAACACUGGCUAGCAACUAUGUCAACGUGCUCCUGGUCUGCGUCCCAGCCGGCAUCGUUCUGGGUGCCAUGGGUGCCAACCCAACCGCUGUCUUCGUCGUCAACUUCUUCGCCAUUGUUCCGCUCGCAGCACUGCUCAGCUUUGCGACUGAAGAGCUCUCUGUCAAGCUUGGACAGACCAUUGGAGGUCUCAUGAAUGCGACCUUUGGAAACGCCGUCGAAUUGAUUGUCUCCAUCGUUGCGCUUUACAAGGGUGAGAUUCGCAUCGUCCAGGCCAGCAUGCUGGGCUCGAUAUUAUCCAACAUCCUGCUCGUCCUGGGCUGCUGCUUCAUCUCUUCCGGCAUCAGGCGAGGCGAGAGCAGGUUCAACGAGACUGUCGCAUCGACAAUGUCGUCGCUCAUGGCCGUCGCCGCAACGUCCCUGAUCAUCCCCGCGACCAUGUACGCCGCUCUCACACGAAGCACCGCCGACUCCGAUGGCAACAUUCUGGUCCUGUCGCGCGGCACAGCCAUCAUCAUGCUUAUCCUUUACGUUUUGUACCUUGUCUUCCAGCUCAAGACACACGCCCACCUCUUCGAUGCAGAGGGCCAGGAUGAGGAAGGCGGCGAGCAGAAAGAGCCGGAGAUUCUCGGUCCAGUCGCGGCGACGGUUGCCCUGGUCUUGGUCACCAUCCUGGUUGCGGUGUGCGCCGAAUACCUCGUGGACAGCAUCGACUCGAUCGUCGCUAGUUCCGGCAUCAGCAAGACCUUCAUUGGUCUCAUCCUGUUGCCCAUUGUUGGCAAUGCAGCCGAGCACGUCACCGCUGUGGUCGUGGCCUACAAGGACAAGAUGGAUCUCGCCGUGGGUGUAGCCAUCGGCAGCUCCAUGCAAAUCGCACUCUUCGUCACCCCAUUCCUCGUCAUCUUGGGCUGGAUCAUCGGCCAGCCCAUGUCCCUUCACUUCCAAGGCUUCGAGACAGUCGUCUUCUUCCUGAGUGUCCUGGUCGUCAAUUACCUGAUCCAAGAUGGAAAGAGCAACUACCUUGAGGGAUGCAUGUGCUUGGGCACAUACAUCAUCAUCGCUUUGGCGUUCUGGGUCUAUCCAGAGGACGCCGGUGAUAUCGGCGAGCUAGUCUCGGGUUUCUUUGGUCAUUGA